CGUCCCUGAUGCGGUGCCCCUCCCGCUGUCCCCCGUGCUCAGAACGGCACAACUCCUGGCGACCCCUACGAUGCCGGCGCCCGCGGCCUCGCCGAUAGUCCCGCACAGCGCGGCAGCAACAGCCCCGGAGUCUACCUCAGCUGCUGGAGGGGACGAGAAGCAGCUCAAGCUCGACUCGCCCCCAGAACCAGACCCGGAGCCCGAGGCCGAACCCGAGGCGGAGACGGAUGCGGAAACGGAGCAGGAGAAGGCUCGACGUCUCCUCUACUGCUCGCUCUGCAAAGUGGCCGUCAACUCGGCGUCGCAGCUGGAGGCUCACAACAGCGGUACGAAGCACAAGACGAUGCUGGAGGCCAGGAGCGGCGUGGGCUCCAUCAAGUCCUUCCCCCGGCUGGGAGUCAAGAGCAAAGUGGCCACGUUGACAAAAUCAUUGACGGGUCUGCAGAACAAAACGUUUCACUGUGAGACGUGUGAUGUGCAUGUCAACUCAGAGACUCAGCUAAAACAGCACAUCAGCAGCCGGCGUCACAAAGACCGGGCAGCAGGUAAACCAGCCAAACCCAAAUACAGCCCCUACAGCAAACCGCAGAAAGGCCAGACCAAGCAGCCGGUGAGUCACUGAACGCCUCGCUCAUCU